GUAGUGUACAUGAGGACGACGGUGAGCAGGGCAGGAGGAAGGGGAGGAAGGAGAGGGAGGGGGUGCCUGCGAGAUCCACCACGAGUCCAGAGAGAAUCAGAUAAGAGCGGAGUGCGCGGAUUGGCGGAAGCUCGCGCAGGAGGGAUCGCAUCGCGAAAAAGUGGGUGCUUGCUUUCGACGCUCGAUGCGAUGUAGGCAGGCUGGUGAAUCGGUGGCAGCAGUAAAUGGUUUCGUGGAAAAAUCAGGUCAGGGAUCAUUCUAUAAACGGGUCCCUGAGCAUGGGAAGAUGCUCGCGGCCAAAAAGGCUUUCAGCUGCCCUGAGGGCCUGAGGCUCUCGCCGUCCACUGGUCAUGGUGGUCAGAUUUAGCUCCGAGUCCACAGUGGCCGUAGCCCCAACCGCUCCCACUGGAGCUGGCCAUGAAUCCAAGCGAUUGAGUCCAUCGCUGAAGCCGCAGCGAGCGAGCUGCGCACCUCAGCCUGGCCCCUGCCGAGCUGCCUGCCUGCCUCUCUGCCUGGCUGACGACCAUGGAACCUGAUCCUCAGCUCGAGCUCUCGAGAGCUCUCGGCAGAUCGCCCUGCAUGACUGGACUCCGAAAGGACGGACGAGGCUCUUCUCAGCUGCGACGCGACGCUUGGUUGCAGAAGCCCCGAGGACAAUUGGCUACCCGACCCCUGGAAUGGAUAUGGGUUGAUCGGCUGGGGUCCAGCUUGUGGAGUGUCGGCUGACUCGGACCCCCAGACAUUGUCAGCCGCUAUGCUUCCGUCACUGCAGCCAAGAGUCGCUUUUGCCUUCCCCGAGUCGAUCGAUGCCUCGUUGUGUCACACGGUUACCGCAUCGCUGGACUCAUCGAAAACAACUUGCGAACUGGAUGAUCGAUUUGAUCGCUUUCGGCUGCGAUCCGAGAGCCACCUUCUCCUCCGCACUGUAAUUCCAUAUCCUCUACUGUAUCGUCCCGUCCGUCUGUGUGUGACAGGAAAAUCGACGCCGCGAUGGCCACGCUUUCCAGAGCAUUCAUGUCCCUAUGUCUUUUUUUCGUUCUUCGGUAAAUCGCCGAGGCUUCGCUCUAUUGUCCCCGUGUCUCACGGACGGAUUCAGAUCGGCUGCAAGACCUCAAGAUCACAGGUCUUUUUUCCGUCGGCCACUCUUUGAAACUCACCCGCCGACCUUAAAUUUCUCGACUCACGCAAUUCUCGAUAAAAAGUAUCUCGGGACUUUUGAAUGAACCGAGCCGGAGCCAGAGCCAGAGCCAGAGCCGGAGCUUUCUUCACGUCGAUCGGAUCCGUUCUGAACAACGUGGCACAAUGUGAUCCAAAGACUCACCUCUUCGAUGUCUCGACCCUCGCUCCUGAACAAACGAAUGACCAUCCACUCUAGCUCAGAGUGAUCCAUUUGUGCCUCGCGCACACGAGAUGAGAUGAAAUCGACAGGCGCAAUCUCUCGGCAGUUCUCACGAGAAAUUGCAGCGUCGGGCCUUCAUAGUCAACAAGUGGAGGCAGAGAUUAUUAUCACUUUGUCACAUGUAGGCCCAGGAUACCCUGACCCGAGUGGGAACCAGGCUUUUGUCACUGCUGGUGAAAUUCCAGGCGGCCUUUUCCUUCUAGUAAGUUAAUUUACAUUGACCGAAAUUCAACGACAACAACGAAGAAUCGUCAGGUGCGAGAAGUCACUGUGGCCCACGAAAGCUGCGAUCUGCUCCGCACACUGUAGAAGAUACAGCGCGCACCAGGAAGCGAAGUUACGACGAUCGAUCUCGACCAAAGUUACCCUCGACCCCAAUUAAUCUGAGCAUGAACCGUGUUAUUUCUCAGAGGUACGACCUGCGCGAGAACCACCGAGCGUAACAUGUUCGUUGUCGAUUCGGGGGCGGGGCGGCAUAGGAUGCCAGACGCUGCAGGAACGGCGCCGGGGCCGAUAAAAAGACGCGCUUGGACUGAUCGUUGUCUUUGGUUGACCAGAUUUGUGUUGCUGCUGGAGCACGGAAGAGCUGCAAAACUCGUCGUCGAUGCCGUCGGCCUGCAAAGGUUCGACAUGUUUCCCAUCGAUCCAAAGAUAGAUUGAAGGUCCAAUUUUAGCUCCCCCUCCCCUCGAGCUACCAAGCUCUGGACGGGGAGAUGCACGUCUCCUUCCCUCGGGUCCAUCUCCGAGCUGCUCUCGAAUGCCUUCGCUCUGCCGACAACAAAUACCUCCGUAACGGUUUCAUGGACCCCAUCCGCUUUAGGAGAAUCCAUCGAGCAUCCACUCCCUGCCUAAUCAUGCUCGAGAUGGAUGGAUGAAUGUUGUCCUGAAUCCGAGCAAAUAAUGUUCAGAAGUUACGGAGGAUGUGGGUGUGACUUAUCUCCAUGCGAUCGAAGGCAUGCAUAGCUAAAUCUUCUGGUCUCUAUCAUUCAUGUAUACUUAAUUAAUCAGUCUUUGGCUGACCAUCUUAUUUAGUGUAGACCAUGAAGUACACAGAAUAUCUCACAGAGUCGAAUGUACUGAAUCAUGGGCUGCAUAUUGACGAACAUACUUAAUAUGAAAUCUUUGGCUG